CCCCAUGUUCCGCCUUCGAUCAAUCAACACCACAGUCCCCUCUUACAUUCUAAGAGGUCGCCAGCCUUUCGGGUCGCAGUCGUCCCCGCUGCCCGAAUCGCUGCCGCUCGGUGCUCCCGUCGAUGAAGAGAAUGUCCCCGGUUACAGGCCGGAAUAUUUCUAUCCUGCGAAUCCUGGGGACAUGCUGGCCGGUAGGUACGAGCUGGAGGCCAAGAUCGGCUGGGGAUCAUCGUCCACGGUCUGGCUUGCGCGCGACACCCGCAGUGGAGGUUGGUUGAAACCGAACAAGUAUGUCGCCAUCAAAAUCUGCACUUGCAACUCAGCGAAGGAAGAGGAUAUCAGACAUGAGUUGGAUAUGACCAUCCAUCUUUCCUCUGCUAACUCCGAACACCAACCGAUGCGAGAACCGCUAUGGUUAUUUAGGAGGCGAGUCGCGGGUGAAGACAGGGUCAUUCGUCCAUUGAUGCCUUUGAUCAAGACCUACCUCCAAAUUCUCCUGGAAGGCCUGGAUUACUUGCAUUCAGAAUGCCACAUCAUCCACACAGACUUGAAACUGGAUAAUAUCCUUGUAACUUUCGAGGAUCAGUCCACCAUUGAAGCCUUUGUCCAGGGGCAUGUCAUGAAUCCGAUGGCCCGGAAACAUGUUGGUGAUCGGACAAUGUACCGAUGCCACAACGACUUUGGGCGCAUCGACGGCGACGACGCUUUGAAGAAAAUGUAUCCAAAGAUCACGGACUUUGGUCUUGCACAGCGGGGUGAUCACCCUGGACCGCUUGUCCACCCGAUACAACCCAACGAUUGCCAUGUCCCAGAAGUCCUCCUCGGUUGUGGAUGGUCGUAUAGCGCUGAUAUAUGGAAUUUUGGUAUUAUGGUUUGGGAUCUCUUCGGGGGGCAGGGCUUAUUCCUGCAGGGCAACCCGCACUCUUACUCUGCAGUACAACACCUAGCAGAAAUGAUAGCAUUGCUCGGCCCUGUAGCGCCCUGGCGAUGGAGUCCUGAGGCACUGAACCCUGAAGGUAGAUUGUGUAGCAAUGCUGCCGAAUUUUAUGGCGGCCCAUUUUUCACUGACAAUGGUGCGUCGGUUUGA